AUGGAGGAGGGGAUUUUGGGAGGGAUGUGGAACGAGUAUAGUGAAACUAGCACGCAGGGCGUGGACAGCACAGAAGGGAGCACACGAGGGGGCGUGGCAGGGGCCACAGUAGAGGCCACAGGAGGGGGCACGAAUGCGUUCCGACUCGUUAACAGUGAAGGGGACAGAUCCCCCUUGCCCGCCCUUCCCCCUCCGCUUUUCCUCCUUCUGCCCGCCUCUCUCCGCCCCUCUGCUUCCAACGCGAGCAGGCUGUCGGGGCUGAUUGUGGACGUGUACGGGGAGCGCAUGGUGGUGGCGUCGUCUGCAGCGUGGGUGGAGGCCCACCGCCCUUCCAUCAUGCACGCACUCUCCCACCUGCUGCCUGCACCAGGCGCACACACACAUGCACGUUUGGAGGGGGCUGGUGAUGGGGGUGUGGGGAGGGAGGGGCAAGGGGCCAGUGGAAUGGAGGAGCAUGAGAGGAUUGUUUGGAGGCGGUCUGUUGAGAUGCUGAAGGAGGAAGGGGUGGUGGUGGACGGGGGAGAGGGGGAAGGGAGGAGAGACAACGUUGGGGAGAAGCCGGCAGAUGGGGAGGCAUUUGGCGGUUUGGAAAGCGCAGUGGUGGAGGAGGUGGAUGAGAUGGCUGGUGGUAGCGAUAGCGACCAAGAAGGAAGGGUGGAGAGAGGGGCAACGGUAGCAGUGGGUUCUGACCACCAGGAAGCGGCAACAAUAGCAAGUGACUUACCAGCACAGCCACCACUCUUAGAAGCCGCGUCCGAGGCUCCCUCUGAUAAUGACAGGGUGAAGGUAAGGCGGGUGGGCAGGAAGUGCGGCGAGGCGGAGGCAAGCUCACCAGCCCUGCUCUGUAUGCUGGUGUCGUCUGUACGAGUGCUGCAGGUGAUGGAGAACGGAGUGGUGUUCUGGGUGGCCAUGGCGAGCGGGCAGAAGACAGGGUUCUAUUCAGACCAGAGGGACAGCCGCCUGUUCCUGCGCUCCCUCGUCGCCUCCUCGCUGCACGGCCGUGGAAGCAGUGCGGCACACAAUGGCCUCACCCCCACUGAUGCGACUUGCAAUGGCGAUCGUGACACCGGUAGCCGAAAUGCAACUGACGGCCAGCCAUCAACAUCAUCGCCAUCUCCACUGGUGGAUACCGGGAGGGCAUUCCCGCCCUCGCCUCUGUCCGCCCACCGCCCUCUUUCUCGAGUGCUUGACCUCUGCUGCUAUAGCGGCGGCUUUGCCAUCAAUGCUGCUCUUGCCGGUGCUUCUGACGUCACAGCUGUGGACUCCUCCCCCUCGGCACUCUCCCUGGCAGCAGCCAACGUGGUCCUCAACGGGCUGCCGCCCUCCGCCGUGCGCUUUGAGCGUGCAGACAUCAGUGCGUUCAUGCAGCGGGCGGUGGCGCAGCAGCAGCAGUGGGACCUCGUUGUCCUGGACCCACCCAAGCUCGCUCCCACACGCAAGGCCCUCCCCCGAGCGCUGCACCGGUACCGGCGGCUCAACAGCCUGGCGCUGCGCCUGGUGGCGCCUGGAGGGCUGCUCAUGACGUGCUCAUGCUCCGGUGCUGUCUCGCAGCAGCACCUUCUGCCAGGCAUCCUCAGGGUGCGAUCCCAUACCCUCCCCUCAUUGCUACCCACAUGCUCUUGCCUGCACGCCCUUCGUCUCUCCCCUCCACCCUCUUCUCCUCAUGCAUUCUGGGACACUUUCUGCUCUGGAGCUGUUUCACAAGCCAUGGCAUGCUUGUUUCUGCUGCACUCUCUUUCUCGCCUCCCCCCCCCCUUGUCCCGCCUGUCUCUUGCUCGCUCAUCCACACUCCGGUACCAAUCACUGCAAUCCGUGCUGGGUAUCGUCAAUUUUGUUGUCAUCCUAGCGGGGCGGCAAGUGACGGUGGUACGGGAGGCGGGUGCAGCACCAUGCCACCCCAUCGACCCGGCAUGCCCCGAAGGCACCUACCUUACUAACCUGCUUGCCUUUGUGCACUGA